AUUGGACGUCCUCGUUAGCGGUUGCCUGUGGUGUUCUGUGCGGACGAGUGAAGCCACUCAGGCAGCAAGAUUUGCUCCUUUGAACUCAAUGGCGAUUAUGCCCUAAACUGCUGGCAGUGACAAAAUAAAAAGCCAAGAACCACCUAUCCAAUAAAAAUAUCACACAACUAAGUGUUUCCAUACAAAUCGACUCUAUAAAUCGCCAAAAUGAAGCGCACUCGGUGGAGUUUUAACUCCUCCAAAUCGCGCCCGCUCCUCAAUAUCGCGCUCCUCUUCAGCUGUCUGGCCACGACACUGGGCGCAGGACCUCGCCCGCCCAUCAAUUCGGCCGGUGGCCAUAGUGCGACCACAUUUAUGCCAGCGCUCGAGUGCUACGAUCCCUACGGAAGACCCCAGAAAUGUUUGCCCGAAUUCAUUAAUGCCGCCUAUCAAAUACAAAUCGAGUCAACGAAUACUUGUGGCGAGCAGGGCGACAAUCAAUUCUGUGUACAGACGAUGAAUCGCAAUCACAAGAAUUGCGAAUUCUGCAGACGCGAUGACCAUCAUCCCUCAUAUCUGACAGACUUGCACGAUCCACAACAUCCGACGUGGUGGCAGUCGGAAACUAUGUUCGAGGGCAUACAAAAUCCAAACCACGUUAAUUUGACUCUGCACUUACGCAAGUCCUAUGACAUCACCUAUGUACGCAUUCUCUUCCGUUCGCCGCGUCCGGACUCGUUCACCAUUUAUAAGCGUACAUCCGAGAACGGUGCCUGGAUACCCUAUCAGUACUACAGCGCCACCUGUCGAGACACUUACGCCAUGCCCGACUUCCGCUCCAUUCGGAAAGGUGAGAGCGAGGCUCAUGCGCUCUGUACAAGCGAGUACAGCGAUAUUUCGCCGUUACGCGAUGGUGAGAUCGCCUUCUCCACCCUGGAGGGUCGACCCAGUGGCAUUAAUUUUGAGCGCAGCUUGGAGCUGCAGGAUUGGGUGACGGCCACGGAUAUACGCAUCACGCUCGAUCGAUUGAACACGUUCGGCGACGAACUGUUCGGGGAUUCGCAGGUGCUUCGAUCAUAUUUCUAUGCUAUUAGUGAUAUAGCGGUGGGUGCGCGCUGCAAGUGCAAUGGCCAUGCCAGCAAAUGUGUGGCCAGCACGGGAAUGCAUGGGGAGCGGACCUUGGUCUGCGAAUGUCGCCAUAAUACAGAUGGGCCGGACUGCGAUCGCUGUCUACCGCUCUACAAUGAUGUGAAAUGGAAGAGGGCCACAUCGACGGAAGUCAACGAGUGCAAAGCCUGCAACUGUAAUGGCUUUGCGGACAAAUGCUUCUUCGACGCCCAUCUAUUCAAUCUGACUGGCCAUGGAGGUCAUUGUCUCGAUUGUCGCGAUAAUCGCGAUGGCGCCAACUGUGAGCACUGCAAGGAUAACUUCUAUAUGCGGGAAGAUGGUUACUGUAUCAAUUGUGCCUGCGAUCCGGUCGGCUCCCGUUCGCUGCAAUGUAACAGCCAAGGCAAGUGUCAGUGCAAGCCUGGCGUAACGGGCGACAAGUGCGAUCGUUGUGACAACAACUACUAUCAGUUUGGUUCACAUGGCUGCCAAGCUUGUGGCUGCGAUAGCCGUGGCUCCCAAGGAAAUACUCCGGCCUGUGAUCCACACACUGGCAUUUGCUAUUGCAAGGAGAACGUAGAAGGACGUCGAUGCAAUGAAUGCAAACCGGGCUUCUUCAAUCUCGAUCUCGGCAAUCGAUUUGGCUGCACCCCGUGCUUCUGUUAUGGCCACACCUCAGAGUGUCAAACAGCGCCCGGCUAUUCUAUUGUCUCAGUUACUUCGAACUUUAAUAAGCACAAGGAGCGUUGGACUGCUAUUGACCUGAAUCAGCGCGAUGUGGAUAUCAAGUAUAAUCAGUAUAGUCGCAGUAUAGGUACCACCGCUCAGGGCAAUGAGUUCGUGUACUUCCAGGCGCCCGAUCGUUUCCUUGGCGAUCAACGCGCCUCCUACAAUCGCGAUCUGAAGUUCAAGCUGCAAUUGGUGGGUCAGGUGGGGCCCAGCACCAGUGCGCAUGACGUUAUCCUAGAGGGCUCUGGCAGCAAAAUCUCACUACCGAUCUUUGCCCAGAAUAAUGGCAUGCCAGACCAGGGAGAGAAGGAAUACUCUUUCCGUCUGCACGAGCAUCGCGACUACAAUUGGCAGCCGAGCCAGUCAGCACGUGGUUUCCUUUCCAUACUUUCGAAUUUAACGGCUAUCAAGAUACGCGCCACAUAUUCCGUACAAGGUGAGGCGAUCCUGGACGAUGUGGAGCUGCAGACGGCACAUCGCAGCGGUGCAGGCCAGCCCGCAACGUGGAUCGAACAGUGCACCUGUCCCGAGGGCUACUUGGGUCAAUUCUGCGAGUCUUGCGCACCUGGAUUCCGCCACAGUCCGGCAAGGGGUGGCCCCUUCAUGCCGUGCAUUCCCUGCGACUGUAAUGGACACGCUGACAUCUGCGACUCGGAGACGGGACGCUGCAUCUGUCAGCAUAACACGUAUGGCGAUAAUUGCGAUCAGUGCGCCAGAGGCUUCUAUGGAAACGCGCUAGGGAGUACGGCCCAUGACUGCAAACGUUGUCCAUGCCCCAACGAUGGAGCGUGCAUGCAAAUCAAUGGUGACACCGUCAUCUGUACCGAAUGCCCUGUUGGUUAUUUCGGCGCGCGCUGUGAGCAAUGUUCGGAUGGCUUCUAUGGCGAUCCCACCGGCCUUUUGGGACCGGUGGAGAUCUGCAGGGCCUGUGACUGCAACAGCAAUGUAGAUCCCAAUGCGGUGGGCAACUGCAACCGCACCACUGGGGAGUGCCUGAAGUGUAUACACAAUACAGCUGGCGCACACUGCGAUCAAUGCCUACCCGGACACUUUGGCGAUCCUUUGGCUCUUCCGCAUGGCAAAUGCGAUCGUUGCAGCUGCUUUGCCGCCGGCACCGAGCAGGAUGAGGAGGGAAUUUCGCGUUGCGAUCAGGUAACCGGACAGUGUCACUGCAAGCCAAAUGUGAUCGGACGGGAUUGUGGCGAGUGUCAGCCGGGCUAUUUCAAUAUACGAUCGGGCAAUGGCUGCGAGAACUGUCAGUGUGAUCCAAUCGGAAGCUACAACGCCACCUGCGACAAGUAUACGGGUCAGUGUCACUGCAAGCCGGGCGUCGUGGGUCUGCGCUGCGAUCAGUGCGCCAACUACUACUACGGUUUCUCCACCGAUGGCUGCAAGCCGUGCGAAUGCGAUGAGAGCGGCUCCAAGGGCUUCCAGUGCGAUCAGAACGGUCAGUGUCCAUGCAAUGACAAUGUAGAAGGUCGACGCUGCGAUCGCUGCAAGGAGAACAAAUACGAUCGCCAUCAUGGCUGCGUUAACUGUCCGGACUGCUACAACCUGGUGCAGGAUGCGGCCAAUUUACAUCGCGCCAAGCUGGCCAACCUCAGCUCCACGCUGGACGAAAUUGCGCGCACUCCUGUAACCAAUGACGAUGAGUUCGAGGGUAAGCUGAAGGCAGUACAGGAGAAGGUGGCCAUAUUGGCUCAUGAUGCCAAAUCCGGGGCUGGCGAUGGUGGGCAGACCUAUGCGGAAGUGAUCAAUGACCUGCAUCAACGCUUGAAUAGUAUGCGCGAUCAUUUAGAGAAUGCCGAUGCCCUGCAAACGGACGCUAACGACGAGAUCGAGAAGGGUCGUCGCAACUACACCGUUCUGAAUGAUAUAAUUGGGGCGGCCAAGAAGGACUUGCAAAACGCUCUAGCCCUGCUGAACGAAGAGGGUGCACUGGCGCUGGACAAGGCCAAGAAUAAAUCAGUGGAAUUUGGAGAACAAUCGAACCAAAUAUCGGAUAUAUCACGCGAGGCACGCUUCAUUGCCGAUCGCCUGGAGGCAGAGGCCCAAUUCGACUUGAAAAACGCCAAAGAUGCCAACGAUGCAGUAGAAAAGGCCCAUGAACUGGCUAAAAACGCCAUCAACUUGCAACAGAAGGUCGGUGUGGAGUUACGAAGUGAGGUGCGACUAGAACUCGAUCAAAUUAAUCAAUCGUUGAGCACAGUGAAGGACAGCUCUCACGAAGCAUUGCGCAGGGCUAAUGAGGUCUAUGAUUCGGCGUUGACGCUGCUGAGAGAUGUGAACAAGACGUCGCAACCAGACAUAGACAUCAGUCAACUGAAGAAGGAUGCACAAGCGGCCAACGAGCGUGCCGACGAGCUCCUGAACCAGAUCAAUGAUCUAUCCAACAGCAAUGGGAAAGUGCUUGCAGACUUUGAAGCGGAGCGCGAAUUGGCGGACACGCUGCUUAAACGUGCCGAAGCACAAAAAGAGGACGACUUGGAACUCCUCAACCGUGCCAAAGAAGCACACGAAAAGGCCAUGAAAGCAGUCGAAUUGGGUGACAAAACUCUCAAAGAAGCCACCAAUACAUACAAUGUAUUAGGCGGCUUCCAGUCCGAAGUGCAAAGGUCCUCCGAUAUGGCUAAACAGGCUUUGAAAACUGUUCCGAGUAUUAAGCAGGAAAUUGAGAAUGCCGAGAAUUCAAUAAGGGAAGCGGAUGAGGCUUUGCAAGGUGCGAAUCAAAAUGCGAACGAGGCCAAGAUGAAUGCACAGGAGGCACAAGAGAAAUACGCUGAGCCAGCGUCGAAGGAUGCCGAACUCAUACGCCGCAAAGCCAAUGAAACGAAAAUCUCUGCCCGCAAACUACGCGAUGAGGCCGAUCAACUUAAUCAUCGAGUAAAAUUGACCGAGCUUGAUGUUAGUGAACUGGAACAAAACUCCACCAAAGAUGACAAUCUGGUCGACGAUGCAAAACGUAAGGUUGGACAGGCUAAGGCGGACACACAAAAUGCACAAAAAAUGAUCGAGAAGGCAACCAGCGAUUUGACAGCGAUUAAGGAUGAACUGGAGAACCUGAAGGACAUUAACACUGCCGAUUUAGAUCAAUUGGAAAAUCGUCUGACAGUCGUUGAAGGGGAAAUCAAUCGCGUCAAUCUGACGGGUCGCAUUGAGAAGUACCGAGAACAGCGCAACAUACAGAAGAGAUUAAUCGAAAAAUACGAAAGCGAAAUGAAGGAGCUAGAUGCCGAGGUUAAGAACAUUCAAUUCAUCAGCGAAGCACUGCCAGGUGGAUGCUUCAGGCGCAACCGUUUGGAGCCCUAAAAAGUGCCAGACCCAUACCAAUACUACCAACUACUUCAAUUAAAACUAAGUACGACCAAACGACGAACAAAUCGGAGGUAGCCGAGAGCGGUUGAAUGAAAUUAUGUAAUUUUAGUUUUCUAGUUGAAAUAUUUUGUUUAGUGAAGAAAUACGAGAAACACAAAACCAGAAAAAAGAGAAACGUUAAGCUUUAA